AGAUAAGCAGCUAAUGUGUAACCUGGGUUAGGCAAUCAGGGAAAUAAAAAUAUGAACCCAAAAGUCAUUUGAGAGCAGAUGCUGAGCACAGGCAGCAGUGCAAGAUCCUCUUCCCAAGAAAGCAAGUCAGAGAGAGGCAUCGUGGAAAUUGCAGCUAAACAUGCAUUGGGGCGUGAGCUUGCUCUGUGUCUUUGUGUGCUUCUCCACCAUUGACUGUGAUCGGGUCUAUGUCCACCCCUUCUAUCUGAUCUCCUAUAACACGACAAGUGGCUGCAAUCUGGUUGAAGUCCAGGAACAGCUGGGGAAGACUUUCAUCCCCAUCCCAAUAGACUCGGACUUCACACCACCUUAUGAAGAGAGUCUUGGGAACAAGACCAAAGAAAAAACCCAAUAUGUGGAUGUGAAUUUCUUCAGUGACAUGAUUUAUGUUCUUGGUGCUCGCUUCUAUCAAAAGCUGAGGGAAAUGCACAAGGAUGAAAAUAUUAUUCUGUCCCCCACAGAAAUUUACAAGUCUUUGCUGCUCUUCUACUUAGGGGCUUCUGGAAAAACAGCCGAUGACUUACAGAUUUUGUUAGGACUUGAGUCUCCGACCAUUAAUUCAAGCUGCAACUUCAGAGUUGAUGGGCACAAAGUCCUCUCUACAGUGAGGUUCAUCAGUGAUCCAUUGCUCCCCAAGCAAGCUGAUGGGCUGCUCUUCUCAAAGGUUUUCUGCCUUUUCUCAGCACCUGGUGUCCCUUUGUCUGAGUCCUUUGUCCACAAUUUGGGCUCUCCUGACGUUACUUUUUGGGUCCGAACUGUUGACUUUAGAAACUCCACUCAAGCAGCAGAAAAAAUCAAUGCUUUUGUUGAAGGCAAAAAUACUCACAGAAGCAAGAGUUUGUUGGCAAACAUUGAUCCGCAAACCACCCUUCUACUUGCAACUUAUACACAGUUCAAAGCCACGGUGAAGGGAGCCUUCCCCUUGAAAGAGCCUCAGGAAUUCUGGCUCAGUUCAGACACCAAAGUUUCUGUGCCUAUGAUAAGAGUAACUGACAGUUUUGAGCAUAAAUAUGACGAGAACCUUUUAAUCAUCAAAAUUCCUGUCAACAAGGAUGUGUUUUUGCUGCUUUUACAGCCUAUUAAUGGCAGUAACCUGGCUAAAGCUGAGGAAGGGUUUGAUCUAAAGUUUCCUCCUGAACGGCGGCAACUACUGCCAUCAAGGGAAAUCCAUUUGACUUUGCCAAAGUUCUCCCUCAAAAGCAUUUAUGAUCUUCAGGAGCUCAUUGUGAAUAUGAACGUUUCUACAAAUCUGGGAAACAAAGCCAACCUUACUAUGCUAAGUGACACUAGCCUGACUGUUAGAAAGAUUAUAAACCAGCAAUUAUUUGAGCUCAGUCCUGGUGGGACGGAUCCAGCAGAAGACCACUCAGGAGAACACAAUGCCACCACAGCACUCAAAAUAACCGUGAAUGGGCCUUUCCUGGUAGCAGUGUAUGGAAGCAAAUCAAAAACAUUGCUUUAUUUGGGCAGAGUAACAAAUCCCCUGGAAGGAGCAAACAUUCAUAGAACAAAAUGAUUUUAGAUAUUUUGUUGCAUCUUUUUCUUAUUUAGCAACUGCUUUACUGCUCGCUCUAAUGAAUUGUCAUGUGAAGCUUUGAAAAUGGAUGUGUUUUUCUGACAUAAAACUGAUAAUCUGAUCAGUUGCAUUUUAAAAUCUUCCAUUUCGGGGAUAAAGAUAGUGGCAGAGCAACUGUUAACGCCCGCAUGAUGAACCUACAGCCACUUGAUGAGCCAGUUAUCUGUAUUUUCCUGCCAAGUGGUAAGGAGAAAAUUUACUACAUUUUUGCAUCUGAUCAGAAAUCCAGAGAAGUGGAAUGAAUGCUGAAAUCAGGACAUGGGUACAUCUAUGAGAUAUUAUGGAGCAUGGUAGCCAAUGCCCCUGGGACUGGGGGGUGGAGCACAUAGUCACAGAAUUUGCUGGAGCUGCAUCUCACUCUCUCUUCUCCCCCACCCCAAGCUGCUCCUCCUUUCUUGCUCCAGCUUUAACUUAUGCCGUGUGUGCUCACUCUGCAGAUCGAGCCCUGCUGUUGGUCAUUCACUGUGUUGGGAUCCCCAGUGGGAUGACCAGCCUGAUCAGCUCAACCCACCAAAUGAUCAGCCUGCAUGGCUCAAGUUAAAGCCGGGAUGGAGCGAAAGAGAGAGGCAGCCGAGGCAAGGCAGAGAGGUGCAGUUGCAGCCCAUUUUGUGUCCACCUGUCCAGUCCUCUGCCACCGCCCCCCCCAUCACAGUGUCCAUCACAGGUCACCACUGUGGAGGGGGAGAGGGAAUUAGAUUCAUAGCUUCUGUUUUCUACAGCAACCACUUGUUGACCUCUCGUUUGGCCCAAAAGACUACUCUUGAAACUUGUCAAUACAAUAAUACAGAUGGACCACUCAGGAGUUACUCUAAAGGAUGCCUAAAUUUCAAUUUACUUAUAGGCCCUGUUUGGACCUAACACCAAACUGGAGGUAAAUGUGCCAGAGGGUUGUGAUAGUGAUUGUCCAAAAGUAUGAAGCCCUGGUUUAGUCACCCAACCACGGCUCUGUUUUUGCUCCCAAACCUGAAUUUGAACCCUUGGUUUGUAGUGAGUUUUGAUGCUAAAACCUGAGGUUAGAAGGCAGCAUUGUGUCGUCCAAAUUCUGCCGCCAUAAUUUGGGUUUUGUGCACAAGCGCCUCCCGCCACCAUAGAGAGGUUGGCUCAGAGAAGCUAAAAAAUGUUUCCAUUCUAGGAAGGCUGUGUUUCUUGUUGGCUGCCUCUUGGAGCUGCUGCCCCACCCUCUGUUGUCUCUUUUCUCCUUCUGCUGCUACUUGGCAAUGGAUGCUGUGCCCCUGGAAUUCAUUCCUUUAAAGCAGUGAUUCUCAAACUUGGGUCCUCAGGUGUUAUUGGACUUCAACUCCCAUAAUCCCCAACCAAAGGCCACUGAGGCUGGGGAUUAUGGGAGUUGAAGUCCAAUAACACCUGAGGACCCAAGUUUGAGAAUCCCUGCUUUAAAGGGACAAAAACACACUGGAGAAAGCCCACUUUUCCCCUGUAUGUUUUGGACCUUGGGUGUUCCUCAGCAAGAAAAGGAUGGUAGAGCAAGACGGAGAGAGGAACAGAGGCCCCACACAAUUCAUCACUGCAGUGCUUUGUUGACAAACACAUAGAGCCCUGGUAGUUAGAACAAGGGAAGACAUUUCCCAGCAUGCACAGCUCUAUCGCCCUUGCUUCCCUCAUCCUUCCAUCAUCAGAAUGAGGUCCUCCAUGCAGGUUUAUUUUCAUGUGGGCGGCUACCUUCCACACCUACGUACCACGAUGCUCGUAUUACACACUGUGGGAUUUGGGUUCAAAAUACUUCACCAAUGUGCCAGUGUGCAAAGGUUUCAGUGUGCUAUUGCACCAUGGUCAAAGGCAACAGUCUGAUGUGCCGAUGCACCCCUGUGCUGCCAAAUCAAGGCGGGGUGGCAGCAAGUGGAGAUGUGAGGGGACAGAAGGAGAUAGACCAGGGAUGUCCUUUGGUGGGUUUGAUUGAAGAAAUAGUUUUAAAGAAUCCCAAGGACUGCUGGAUCCCACCAAGCAAGGACUAUUCCCUUAAACAUUACCAAAAAGUGAGUAUAUCUACCAAGGGAGAGUUGAGUAGGGAAGCUGAUGAAGGGAGGGGCUUGGUUUGGUGGGCAGCGCCACAUGGGGUGCCUGGCAUGGCAAGACAUUUUCUGUAUUGUCACAGUGGAUCUGGACAGCAGUGUUCCCCACAAAUGCUUGCACCUGAGUGGCAGGAGUGCUUUUCCAGCCAACAGUGCAGUGGGAGUGUGCAGGCUCAUGCAUCCAGAGUGCGGCCCUCCUGGUUAAACCUCUGGAAGGUGUAAAAUUAACUGCACACACAUUGAAAAUCUAGAGGGGGCCGGGCCGGCCCACUCCCCAGAAGGAACACUGCUGAACAGGUAGCAACUUGCCACUAUAGCCCACACAGGGUGGAAAUGGCAAUCUGUUCCUAAGGUUUCUAAUGGUAUAGCCUGGUCCAGUCUUUGGGAAGUAUCCAAGACUGGAGCAGUGGGAUGUGUUUCUGCUAAGGAAAAUCAACAAUGAACUGCAUAUUUGGGGGACAUAUUUUGCAGCUGUUUAACUCGUGUUAGCUGUACAGAUGCCCACCAAAUAAUGCACACAUAUAACUGCACUAUUCCAUUUAAACAAACCUCUAAUGAAAGUACCAUUUAGGGCCAUUUUCUUCUAACCAUUUGAGUAUUUUUCUAUGAAAAUGAAAAUAUACAGAAUAAAGGUCUUCUCUCCUUCCCA